AUGAAUGAACCUCGUUGCACCUCAGAUCCCACAGGUGACAAGUUACAGGAUUGGAUUCAAGAAAUGGCAUUCCAAGUGAAGAAAAUUGAUCCAAAGCACCUGGUGGAGGUUGGACUAGAAGGAUUUUAUGGCCCAUCAACACCUCAGAGAGCUCAGUUCAAUCCCAAUACAUAUGCUACACAGGUUGGAACUGAUUUUAUAAGGAACCACCUGGUUCUUGGUGUGGACUUCGCUUCUGUUCACAUAUAUGCUGACUCUUGGAUUUCACAACAAAUUGCUGAUUCUCAUCUCUCAUUUAUAAAAUCAUGGAUGGAAGCCCACAUAGAGGAUGCUGAAAAACAUCUAGGAAUGCCAGUUAUUUUUGCUGAAUUUGGUGUAUCUUCCAAAGACCCUGGCUACAAUUCAUCAUACAGAGAUACACUCAUAAGCACUGUAUACAAUACCAUCCUAAACUCCACAAAGAAAGGAGGGAGCGGGGCUGGAAGCCUUUUGUGGCAAUUUUUUCCUGAUGGAACUGAUAACAUGGAUGAUGGGUAUGCGAUUGUUCUCUCAAAAUCUCCUUCCACCUCAAGCAUUAUACAGCUUCAAUCCUCUAGACUUGCGCUGUUCAAUUCCUUGUGCAAUACCAAAUGCAAUUGGGGUUGUAAGAAGAAAAAGUUAUUGGACGAAAUACUCUAUCACGAUGAACUGUAG